AUGAAAGGAAUCGAGCAACUACUACUCCGAACAGCACUGAAGACAAAACAAGACCGAUUGUAUUCCAUGCUAUUAAAAUGUGCUUGUAAAGAAGAGUGUUGUAAACGAUUUGUGCCUGGUAAGCUUUGGAGGAGAAUCGAGGGUGAGUCAAGAGUCAUUUGUGAUAAUAUUCGCUCUAAUGCCAAGUCUAGGCUACAAGGGAAGUUCAGUAGGUUAUUGCAUCGGGAACUGAAUCAAAAACAGCCUAUAAGAGUAGUAGCAGACCCUGGUAGUGUUAGCCGUAGUGAUAUUUCCGAAAAUGCAAAAUUACCGCCUCGUGUUUCGGUCAUAGGCAGUGUAUCUCUUUCUAAUAAUGCGCUCUCAGUUCUGGAUAUGGGCCCAAGUUUGUCACCUGUUCAAUCGAUAGGGCCCAGGGUAGUACGAAAGAUAGUGGGCAGCCUACAAUACGUACAUGACCGUCUGCGAUAUAGAGCAAAGAUCGGAGAGGAGGAAACGGGUAGAGGAAGUAAUAUUAAUGCGAAUUUCCCUGUGGUACCGUUCCCCGCAAUGAUAUUCAAACCACAGGAUCCCCAUCCUCGAGUGGAUGCCAAGUUUCGUUUGUUCACCACAUCAGUUUUCUCGACUCUCAAAUGUUUUUCAAGAAAACAUCCUAUUUCUGAUCUCACGCCAAUGCAACGCUCUGGCCUACGUGAGAUACGCGAACUCUCAACACGUGGCGAGAUAAAGGUCACAAUCAGCGAUAAGGGAGGAGAGUUUGUGGUCAUAUCACGUGAACUAGACAUGACCAUCACUCGAAAACAUCUGGAUGACGCUACACUCUACCACUCUUCGUCAUAUGAAGAGUUCAUAAAACAGAGUCGCCGUCUCAAUAGAGUUUGGGUACAGAUUGAAAGGCUGCGGGGUUACAUAAAACAAUGA